UCUCAAGCCCCUCCAGCCCCAGCUCCCGCACAGCAGAGCGCUGGUCCAGGUCUUUUCGGCCAGAUGGCUUCCACCGCUGCGUAAGUCGCAUAUUCCGUACCCGAGCUUGGAUACUUUUUUUUUCCCUGUCUUAUUUUCCCUGGUGACGAGCUGCGCGUGGAGCAACACCAGAUCUUUCCUCUCAUAUAUAUAUAUAAAUAUCCGAUACUAAUUAAUUUCUUACAGUGGUGUAGCAGUUGGUUCCUCCAUCGGCCACGCUGUCGGUGGUCUUUUCUCCGGCGGCGGCUCCAGCGCUCCUGCCGAGGCCCAGCAGGCGCCCCCUGCAGAAGCCCAGCCUAUGGACAACGGUCUCUGGCAAAGCAGCGCAACGAACAGCUCCUGGGAGACCCCCGCCUGCGAAACUGACAUCCGCAACUUCCGCAAGUGCAUGGAUGACAACCAGGGCAACAUGUCCAUUUGCGGAUGGUACCUUGACCAACUGAAAGCUUGCCAGGCUGCUGCUAAGCCUUACUAGGCGUGGUUAUACUAUGUAUACUACGUUUGGGCUUCGAAGUGGUUUGAUAAAAUACAUAGCUUGAAUUCCGCAUGGAGGUCAAUCUGAACAGUGUUUGCAUAGCGGCGUAAUUAUGACUAUUUUAUUGACCAUGUUUCCGUCAAGGAAUUCAUAUCUUUGUCGAGAGAUUUACUAGAGUCUACCUUGGGCCAAGAUAAACAAAGAUACCCAGAUAUAAAAAGAAUAAUCUCCUCUUCAAGAACGAUACUUUCUGCAACUACCUAGUU